UGCAGUUGGCAGUAAAUCAGGCUACAAAUUCUUCUCUCUUUCUUCUGUGGACAAAUUAGAGCAGAUCUAUGAAUGCACUGACACAGAAGAUGUGUGCAUUGUGGAGAGGCUGUUCUCCAGUAGUCUGGUGGCCAUAGUUAGCCUUAAAGCUCCACGCAAGCUGAAAGUUUGUCACUUUAAGAAGGGGACAGAGAUUUGCAACUACAGUUACUCCAACACCAUCUUGGCUGUCAAACUCAAUAGACAGAGGCUGAUAGUAUGUCUGGAAGAGUCUCUUUAUAUACACAACAUACGAGACAUGAAGGUAUUACAUACAAUCAGGGAGACACCUCCCAAUCCUGCAGGGUUGUGUGCUUUAUCAAUAAACAAUGAUAACUGCUACCUGGCCUAUCCAGGAAGUGCAACCAUUGGAGAAGUACAAGUCUUUGACACCAUCAAUCUGAGAGCUGCUAAUAUGAUCCCAGCUCAUGAUAGUCCCUUGGCUGCUUUGGCAUUUGAUGCAAGUGGUACUAAACUUGCCACUGCAUCAGAAAAGGGGACAGUAAUAAGAGUGUUUUCCAUUCCAGAGGGACAGAAACUCUUUGAAUUCCGAAGGGGAGUGAAGAGGUGCGUGAGCAUCUGUUCGUUGGCUUUCAGCAUGGAUGGCAUGUUUCUGUCUGCAUCCAGUAACACAGAGACGGUGCAUAUCUUCAAACUUGAGACUGUGAAAGAAAAACCUCAGGAAGAGCCUACAACCUGGACAGGUUACUUUGGAAAAGUGCUGAUGGCCUCAACAAGCUAUCUGCCCUCUCAAGUAACAGAAAUGUUCAACCAGGGUAGAGCCUUUGCUACAGUCCGCCUGCCGUUCUGUGGGCACAAAAACAUCUGUGCACUUGCCACAAUCCAGAAGAUCCCUCGUUUAUUGGUGGGAGCUGCUGAUGGAUAUCUCUACAUGUACAACCUAGACCCUCAAGAAGGAGGAGAGUGCACACUAAUGAAGCAGCACAAGCUCGAUGGCAGUAUGGAGCCAGCCAACGAAAUUCUGGAGUCUGCAUCCCAUGACCGGCCGUUGGUAGCGCAGACAUACAGUGCCGCUGUGACUAAAGGUACAUAUGUGCCUUCCUCACCCACAAGGCAUGCCUAUACGGAUGACCUGGGUGCCGUGGGUGGAGUUUGCCUGGAAGAUGAAACCAACUCACUUAGAUUGGACGAAGACAGUGAGCAUCCUCCCAUGAUCCUUCGAACAGACUAAACUUUGACCUGUGAACUCACUCCUGAAGCAGAGAACACUGGCUUGAUGUUUCUUGAGGAAUCUCGUGUUAUGCUGCUAUGAACUUUGACAUGAGUUGGGAGAGAGGAUGACAGACUCUUACAGUUUUAAGUCGUAGCUGUAGUUCUAAUUCUAUACAAUUGGAAAAAUAUAUGGUUUUCAAUUCAGUGGCUUUUAAUCUUGCUUAUCUAUUUUAGCUGUGGGGUUUUUUUUGUUGCCAAAACCUGCUGUUUGUGCAGCCCUCAGAGCCUACUAGCUUUGCAUGCGUUCAUGUGCCAAGCAAGCAUAGGAGGGGGAGAGAGAGAGAAGCCACUUUAUAACAAACCCAAGUUUGUAUUUUUUUUAUAUAUGUAUAUAAUAUUUAGCUUAUAUAAGGAAGGAGUAGAGAAGUGGUUCUGGAAGCUGAAACUAGUUCUGCACUGACAAAGGUCCAAAUGGUUUCCUGUGCAUGGGCUUGCAGGCAUACCUAGUGACUGACAUGCAACCUUUCAAAUGCAAUGGCCUGGUUUUUUUGGGUUCUCCCUCCCCUUUCCUGGACCAUUUUGUUAAUUAAAAUUCCUUCUGAAUGUUGUGUAUUUGUGGGACUGUUCUGUUUGUUGGGAUGGAAAACUGGAAGUGUUUCCCUGCAUAAGGAUAUAGAAUAUAGAAAGUGCCUUUAUAGGGAAGAAAAGGAAUUGCUGCAGGAAGAAAGCUAGAAGGAAGGAGGAAUUGCUGGAGUCUCUUGUUUGUACACCUUUUAGUACUUGGGUGUCUAUAGCCCCUAGUGGCUGAUGAGCUUGUGGGGUUUUUUUAGGGAAGACUUGGAAUGCACUUUCUUUCUCUCCUGUAGAUUGUCUUAUUUCCUUGGCAGAGUAGCAAUAACCUUUUUUUAUACUUUUUUAAAUUAUCCAAAGCAAGGAUUCUGUCAGGCUGGAUGGAAGUCCCUGUAGAGUAUGGCAGCCCCACUCUUUAAACAGCCUUAAGACUUUCAGCUAGAAGGCAUAGCUCUCAAUUCUUGCUUCUCUUCUGUCUGGGGCUGAGUGUACUGCUCUAAUAGUGAAGGUUCAUGACUUUUUUUCCUAGAUACUGAUGUAAAUAUAAAUGAUUUUGAAAGAUUAAUUUUCUUCUGGGUUCUCUUCUGCUGGAUAACAGUGCUUUGCUUUUUUUUUAAUUUUUUUUAUUUCCCCUUUCAUCAGAGUACCUCUUGUGAUACACUCCAAGGACUGGUUGUCUCUUUGGCAGUUUUGGAAUAAAUCCUUAACUGCCCUGACCCUGGCUAGGGCUUUCCAAGGCUGAGCAGUGCUGCAGGCUAUUUUUAGGGUUGUAACGUGCCUUCUCUUAAGUCUUGGAUAACAGUUAGUGAGCAAGUGAUUAGCAAAGUACUUGGUGAGUAUUACUUUCCUUUGCCAAAAUGAGCCUGCUUUGCCUUUUGUGUAGCAAUGUGGGUUGCUUCCCUUACUGACUGCUUGCAAAGGAAUAAAAAUAAAAACAGACAAGGAAAUUGCAGAUCUUGAGAGAAGGACAGAAGCUGAGUACUCCAGCUACGUGUGAACUCCCUACCACAGCUAGACAGUGAUGUGCUCUUAGGAUUUGGUGCUGUUAACAAGUCUUCUCUCAAGCAAUAGCAGGCAGUGGUCUUUUUCCCCAAAGCCCUGUGUGGGCAGGUGGGCUUCCCCUUCCUCUAAAAGUGCAGAAGAUGGUGGUAGCCCCUGCCAAGAGAGCUGCCUGUAUCAGUGAGGCUGCUGUUAGUCCGUGUAUGUGGAAGAUGUUCUUCCACGUGCACACGUGGAAGAGAAGGGAUCAGGCUUGUUUAUUCACUGAAAACCUUUGACUGUCCUGAGUAGUUGGCUGGAGUGGUGUCCUCUCCAGAACCCGGCACAUUCAAAUCAAACCGCUGAGCCAUGCUGAAAUCUCGCUUAGUCUCUUGACUUUAAGCUCUGGCUGACAACUAAAUUCUAUGGUCUGGAAUUACUUUUUUUACUGCGAGUGCUAUCAGCUUUGCUGUGGAGCUCGUAACUGCAGAGUAAAAUACAAGUCUUGAAGUAAAUAUAAGCUCAGUGAGCUUUGCUGGCAAACUGAACCGCCCAGGAGCUGUCAGAUGUCUGCUCGCUCCAGACUAAAGCUGGUAACAUUCCUGAUAACGUACUUGGAGGCUUGGUGUAGACUCCCCAAGUAGAGUUAGCA